CGUCUCCCAGAUAUCCAGAUUCCGGGCGCGUGACCGCGGCACCCGGUAUCGACUCGCACAUCGGCCUUCACAUCUCGGGCCAUCGGCGACAUCGCGACGACGACGACGGCUUGCGUGAUCCGCCAAGCGCGCGCCUGGCGGCAACACUCCGCACGCACGACCGCCCACUCGACCCACUCUGGCCGGAUACUAUAAGACGGCCUGAGCUGAGCCCCAUGCCCCCAGACGCAACGGACAGCGACGCCCCGCCGCAGCCUCAGCCCAACCGCUCCAACCGCAGAGUACACCUCCUCGCGUCGACCCCAGCAGAGUGGGACAGCCUCAUCCCGACCCCCGACCUCUCCCAGACGCCGUCACUCCCCUUCCAGCCGAGCUCGUCACGCACGAGGCAAGAACAGCGCGAGUGGUACGCGCAGCACCCCGUCCCUCUCCCGCACGACCCAAGGCCAUCACUGCACGCCCGUCCUAACCCCUCUGCGCGCGCCCUGCCCCCGCCCACCAUGGUCCGCGUCGCUGCGAUCCAGGCCGCGCCGGUCGCGUACGACCUCCACAAGAGCAUGCACAAGCUCCGCUCGCUUGUCUUCGCCGCGCGGGAUAACGGCGCCGAACUCGUCGUCUUGCCCGAGGCGUUUCUGAGCGCGUACCCCCGCCAUCUUGAUUUCAAGAUUGGCUCCCGCACCGCCGAGAACCGCGAGUGGUAUGGCAAGUAUGUCAAGUCCUCCGUCAAGGUCCCCCUCGGCGCCGAAGGCCGCGACUGGCUCUCGACCUCGACCGAACAGCGCCCAGAGCAAGACUUCUGGGCGUUCCAACAGCUCGCGCAGAUCGCAAAGAAGUACGCCAUCUUCCUGUCCGUCGGCGUGGUGGAAGCGAGCAACGUCGGCUCAACGCUCUGGUGCACCAACCUGCUGUUCGGGCCCAACGGCGUGUUGCUGAGCAAGCACCGCAAACUCCAGCCGACCGCCGCGGAGCGCAUUGUGUGGUCCCAGGGCGAGGGGACCAACCCCAUCGGCCUGAAGCGCGAUGCCGAGGGCGCGGGCGCGGGGAGCAGCGAUAAUAUGCCCGUCGUGCAGACUUCUAUUGGCAAAGUCGGGGCGCUGAUCUGCUGGGAGAACUACAUGCCCCUCGCCCGAUACCUCCUCUACAAGAAGGGCGUCGAGAUCUACCUCGCGCCCACGGCCGACGGGCGCACGACCUGGCUGCCGACGAUGCAGCACGUCGCGAUGGAGGGCCGCUGCUUUGUCAUCACGGCAAACCAGUACCAGGCGGCCGGCGACUUUCCGCCCGAUUACCCCCCCUCCGUCGGCGACGAGGUCAAGGCCGAGAAGCUGCCCGAGGUUUGGAGUCGCGGCGGGAGCGCGAUUGUCGGCCCGCUCGGGGACGUGCUGGCUGGGCCUUUGUGGGACAAGGAGGGCAUCAUCUACGCUGAUCUCGACCUCGGGCUCAUCGACGGCGCAAAGCUCGACUUUGACCCCGUCGGCCACUACUCGCGCGAGACGCUCCUCAUGGAGCUGCUCGGCCAGGUUGGCGGCUCGUAGUGUAGUGUGAGCGAGGACAGGGGCCGCAGCAAGAAAUCAAAUCAAGUGCAUCGCGCACGCAACAAGCAAACAGUAGCAUCAUGUAUCGACGUGUG